GUAUCGCGUAGCGAGCGAGUGGGAGGCGAGCCGAGCCGAGCGCGUUUCCGUAGCUGGCUUCAGUCGGUUAGGCGCGUUGGCACGGCGUCGUUCUUCUCUCGGCGCGCUCGGUAUAAACUCGGUUUCUCCUCGCCGAGGACGACGUUCGCGAGUUGAACAGGAUUAACAAGUGCGAGUACACAGUGUGAUUUAAGUUCGACUUGGUUUUUCGCUUCAAGUGCGGGACAACGCGACAUGAGAAACGCGUGUGCAGGUGGUGUACAGUGAAACCGUUGAAACUGAUUGCGCGACGAGAGAGAGAGAGAGAAGGUAACGUCCUCGAAGAUAUCUCUCUCUCUCGAGGAUUCUUCGGAGGAAAACGAACGAAGAGGAGAGAAAGACUCGUCGACGAGAUGACGGGAAGAUGUAUCGCGCGAUCCUGCGGGACGAGGCUGCUACCUGCCCUCGUCGUCCUGUUCUUCUGCGGAACUUUCGCGACUGCAACGAGAUUGAGGCACUCGAGACACCUGGACGUGAGAUCGCAGUUUCUGAGCGAGGAAGAAUUACCGCUCGAUGAGAAUCACAACCACAAGCCGGUGUUCUCCAAUUGCUCGAAUUAUGCACCCGUAGUGAAGGAGGAGGAAUCGCCCGGCACCGUGGUGAUCCAGGUGCACGCCGAAGAUAAAGAUCCGCCGGACGAAGGAGGUACCAUUACGUACAGUUUCGUGACCGCUCCCGACGAAAGGUUAAAAUUCGAGAUCAACAAUAAGACGGGUCUCAUCAAGACGACCCAGAUGCUGGACAGGGAUGAACCCGCCAGGGAAAAGGAAGCUUAUCUCACAGUGCUCGCGACUGACAAUGGAAGGCCGCAGCUGGAUGACGUAUGCACAUUUAAAGUCACCAUCGAGGACGUCAAUGAUAAUUCGCCCGUCUUUGACAAAGUGGUCUUCCGUGGAUACGUAUGGAAGGCGUAUACGGAAUCCGUGCCACAAGAUUUACCAGUCGGCCGUGAGGUCAUGAGAGUCUCCGCUACCGAUAUCGAUGACGGCAAUAAUUCUGUUGUGCGAUAUAGUCUGUCGUCUAAGAGACAGGAUGAUGCUGUGUACUUUCGGAUCGACCGCGAGAGCGGUGUCAUAUUCCUCAACAAAGUUAUAGACCGGAAUCCAGAUUAUAAAUUCAGUAUGAUAGCCACCGCCGAGGAUAUUGGCGAAAACCCAAACAUGAAUGUCAUCGAUCUUGACAUACGGGUUGUGGAAUCACAUAAGAAGGCGCCAACUUUUUUACCAAGGCCAGCGGAACCAAUUAAACUUAAGGAGAAUUUUAGCGAUUUCGAAAAUAGUAUUGUCCGUUUAAAAGCAAUUUCCAACAUUGAUAACUCCAGCAAUUCGGACAAUUCGUACCUGCUCUUCGAGCUUGUCACCGGUAGAACGGAACAGACUAACAAAAUGAACACUUUUAGAUUAGAAUCCAAUAAGGACACAGCGGAUAUCAAAAUCUCUCAACAUCUGGAUUAUGAAAGUAACACGCAGUAUUCGUUAAUAAUACGAGUACAAAAUAAAUAUCAGUUAGCCGCCGAAACGGUGGUCGACAUCGAAGUUCUCGAUGUAAAUGACAAUAUUCCAGUUUUUCGUGAUAUCAAGAAAGGAAGCGUGUUAGAAAACGAGCCUCGAGGAGUUACUGUAAUGCAGGUGCGAGCCAUCGAUGCUGAUGGUACUUCUGCUAAUAAUCAGGUUAGUUACGAGUUGGACAACUUUAAGGAUCUCUUCGCGAUCGAUCCGCAAACUGGUAACAUCACGACUUUGACGACGUUCGACAGAGAGGUCGAGGACACGUACAACGUCAAAGUUAUAGCCACGGAUAAUUCUCCGAGCGCUUUGUUCAAGACCGGAGAGCACAAUAAAGGGCAACAGGUGUUUCGAAUCGAAAUCGCCGAUAAGAAUGACAAUCCACCUCGUUUCACGCAAAAAGUUUACACCCAUAAUUCGAUUUACGAAAAUGCAAACGUCAAUGCGCCCGUGACCGAAGUCAAGGCUGUCGAUUCCGAUACAGCCAGCCCCGUCACUUACAGCAUCAUAUCGGGCAAUACUGGUAAUAGCUUCUACAUCGAAGCUACAACGGGCAAGAUUCGCGUCCAAUCGAGGCUCGAUUAUGAAAAAAUUACCAAGUACAAUUUGACAGUAAGAGCGUUCGAUGGUGUAUUUAACGAUACCGCCCAGGUUGAGAUUUUUAUUGAAAACAUUAACGAUAAUCCACCAGUCUUCGAAGACUUUAACAAAAAUCCAACGAUAGAAGAAGAAAAAUUGGUAGACGGAUGCAUCACCACUCUGGCGGCCCACGAUCCUGAUAUCGAAGAUAGGAAUGCCGAUCAGCAUAUCGCCUACUUCCUCGUCAAAGAUGAACAGCAAGCCUUCAUAGAAAUUGACAAAACUGGCUGUUUGAAGCUGAAGAAGCCAUUGGAUCGGGACCCACCGAAUGGUUAUUCAAUGUGGACCGUGCUUAUAAUGGCAAGAGACGAAGACGGGGCGCUUUCGGCUCUACGCGAGACAGUAAUGGUCAACAUCACUCUGAUAGACAUAAACGAUAACGCACCGUUUCUCGAUAUGCCGUAUCCCGUGAUCUGGAACGAAAACAAGCCGCCAGGCAAGAUAACCGAGCUCAAGGCGCGGGAUUACGAUUCUGAUGAAAAUGGUCCGCCGUUCGAAUUUCGAAUCGACAACAAUGCGGACGAUGAAAUCAAAUCCAAGUUCGACAUUCGUGAAACUAAUCUGUACGCGCGAGUCGAGUUCGAUCGCGAAGAGAGGAAGAGCUACAACAUACCGAUCGCGAUCACCGACAGCGGAAUGCCACCUAUGACGGGAACCUCGACUCUCACCGUCAUCAUAGGCGAUGAAAAUGACAAUCCCAUGCAGGAGGGCUCGAGUUCUAUAUUUGUGUAUAAUUACAAGGGAGAAGCUCCUGAUACGGAAAUUGGACGCGUUUACGUUAACGACCUGGAUGAUUGGGACUUGCCAGAUAAAUCUUUCGAUUGGGCUUCCCAUCAUGAUGGAUUCCAUCUAGAUGUCAAUACCGGAAUGAUCACCUUGCUGUCGGGUACAACAAACGAUACCUUUGUAUUGAAGUUUAUCGUCACUGAGAAAGGCCAUCUUAUUAAAACUCACCAAGUACAUGCGUAUGUGAACGUCACUGUUAAAGAGCUUCCGGAGGAGGCCGUGGACAGAUCUGGUUCCGUACGAUUUUAUGGAAUAACCGCGGAACAGUUUGUGGAACCGGACGAGUCCGGAGUUAGUAAGAAGGAAAUCUUUCAAGAGAAGCUAGCCACUAUGUUAAACACAUCGGUUGAAAAUGUCGACGUAUUUGCGGUCCUUCAUUCGCCUCAUCACAACAAUAGAAGUUUGUUAGAUGUCCGAUUCUCGGCACACGGCAGUCCGUAUUACGCCCCUGAAAAGCUGAACACGAUUAUAGCGCAACAUUCGAAACAGAUUGAACGGGAAAUGAAAGCGGACAUUUUAUUGGUGAACAUCGACGAGUGCUUGUUUGAGAAGGCCUACUGCAACAGUUCAUGCCGCAGUUUCUUAAACGUCAGUACUAUUCCGUAUUCCGUAUACACUAAUACCAGCUCGUUCGUUGGUGUUAGAGCGAUUGUCGAUCCGCUAUGCACUUGCACUGUAGCAGAACCUAUCGUUUGCUUAAAUGGCGGCACUCCUCUGGCAGAACGAUGCGAGUGUCCACCUGGUCUGGAAGGACCGAGAUGCGAACUGUUGGGAAUCGGCUUUCACGGAGAUGGCUGGGCUAUAAUGCCACCACCUGAUCAAGCCUGCGAUGAAUCGCAUAUAGGAUUGGAAAUAACACCACAUGUGGAUAAUGGCCUUGUUUUUUACUUUGGUCCUAUGACUUUUAGUCCUAAACUGGGACUUCGAGAUUUUAUGGCUCUAGAACUUCAGCAAGGCUACGCCGUGUUGUAUAUCGAUUAUGGAACGGGAACUGUGAGAUUAGAUCACAAACAAAUCAAAUUGACGGACGGCAAGAAUCACCGAAUAGAUAUUUACUAUACGAAAACUUCGAUGGAGAUGCGAGUUGAUAAUUGCGGUAUAUCCGCUUGUAUGAGUCUCACUGCACCGCAGGGAACCAAUGAAUUUUUAAACGUUAAUAGUCCUAUGCAAGUAGGAGGUACAUUAACUAAUUUGGCACACUUGGCGUCAAAUUUAGGCUGGGAUCAUCAACCAACUGAUAAAGGAUUCGUUGGCUGCAUACGCAACAUGACAUUCAAUGGAAAUACGUACAACUUAGGUAUGCCGUCGUUGUCGAGAAAUGCAGAUCCCGGUUGCAAUCACGGUAUGGCAAAAGCCAUCUCAUUCGGAAUCGACACGAAUUUUAUAGUAGCCAUAUUAGUUUGCGUAUUGAUAUUGUUAAUACUACUCGUUGCGGUAGUAGUGCAUAGAAGAAAGACGGACGAUUUGUACAAGGAUAUGGAUGAUAUUAGGGAAAACAUUAUUAAUUACGAGGACGAAGGAGGCGGUGAAGUUGACACCGCAUUUGACUUGAAUGUGUUAAGAGCCAUUUACGAUGCACCGCCUAUCGAUUCUAAGAUAGCUCCAAUCGGCCUACAGGGUAGAGGAACCGAUGAAGUUCCAGACAUUUGUGGUUUUCUAGACGGAAAGAAAGAAAGCUGCGAUAAAGAUCCCGAUACAAAUCCGUUCGACGACGUAAGACAUUAUGCUUACGAGGGAGAGGGUAAUUCGGAAGGCGAUCUAUCAUCGCUAGCGUCCUGCACCGACGAUGGAGAUCUCAAAUUCAACUAUUUAUCUAAUUUUGGACCAAGAUUCAGAAAAUUGGCAGACAUGUAUGGUGAGGAUCCAAGUGAUGAGGAAAGUGACGGAGUCGGUGAACGAGAGAGCGAAAGCUGGUGUUGAGUUUUAUUAAUUGAGAACUUCGUAGAUAUACAAUUUUAACGCAGAUUCGCUCCAGCAAGUGUGGUCUAUGUAAUAAAUGAGUAUACAUGCCCCAGAGAAUUUGUAUUACAUAGAUCUAUGCAUUUCCACCGUCUCAGGCCUCUAACAACGGUCAAAGAAUAAGGCUUAAACUGUACUUAAACGAUACGCAUGGUCAUCAUUCAUCGGUUGCUCUAUUAAAAACAAAAGAGACGAAGAACGUUAUUAAUACGCAAUGCCGAUGCGAUGUGUAAUUACGUAUAAGCGUGAUUUAUUUAAUAGACGGAAUAAACUUUACAAUUUGCGAGUGACUAUAUGGACGCUAUAUAUAAAUUCCGUUUAUUCGGAAAAGUGAUGCGUAUCUCAUAUACUGAUUCUUAAGAUGAAUUUUUAUAUUGCGUCGAUAAAAACAACCUUAGCGCGAGUUUACGUUAAUAAUUUUACACUAGAGGUGAUAUAUGUGUAAUAAGUGGGACAAGAGAGAGAAUAGUGCGUUCACUGUACGUUGCACGAAUAUGAACAUUAAAAAUAAGGAUUCUGGAUUAUUGUAUUCUCGUUGUUUGACGAGUUGUUGGACAAUCUACAUUUCCAUGCAUAGGCGAUCUUUCUUUUUUCUACGUAAUUAUACAUAAUUACGAGUAUAAUUAUGACAUAUUGUAUUUUGAGAAAUUAUAAUAAGCGAUGUUCUAUACAUGGGUUAAGAGUAUAAAAAGAUAAUCUGCGGCUAAUAUAUAAGUAUUGUAUUAUAUAGACGGCUUAAUACUUUGUCGAUUAUCAAAAUCAUUUAUUAAUCAUAAUUGGUAAAUGAUGUAUAAAAAUGAUUUCAGAAAACUUAUUACAAAUUUUGUUUAUGCUUUUAAGAUAAAAAGACUUAAUGGGCUAAUAAUAUUGACAUAGAUUUAUUUCCUUUUUUUUUUUACUUUUUUAUUUUUUUAUAUUCUGACUUCCAACAUUAAAUCAAAGACUUUUCUACAUAAUAAUUGAUUGACAUGAUAUAUAUAUACACCAUAUUUUUCCUUUUCAAUAUAUAAAAAGUUAACGAAGUAUUAAGCACAUGUUUUAAUUGUUCAUUCAUUGAAUUUAGAUGAGAGAAAGAGAGCUACUGUCUAUUUAGUUAAUAUUUUUUUUAACGUUGCGUAUUAUAAUAGCGGUGAAAUGCUAUAUGACUGACUUUAUAACUCGCCGUCUAGGAAAACCUGAGUAACUUCGUAAAGCUGCAAAAAUUGACUGCCAGAUUCAAGAGACAACCAUUCGCCUCUGUACGUGUAUCAUUAGCUUUUAAACUUACGUGCAUUCCAGCAACGAAGGAUAUAGUUGGGUAAUGCCAGUUUAUAAAAUGUCAAUAAUAUACAUUGUAGUUUUGUAACUAAUGGUCUAUUAUAAUGAGAUAGUAAGUUUUGUCGAUUACCGAUGUGUGUUCUUGAGUUUGGCAAUCUUCAAGUUACAAAGGGAGUUUCCAGACUAUUUUUUAUACAUACCUUAUAUAAAUAAAUAUAUAUAUAUAUAUAUAUAUAUAAAGAAAGAGAUAUAUAUAUACAGAUGUGAAAGAAAAAUGAUACAUAAUGUCAGCGAUCAAUGAGAUAAUUUUAAGAGAAGAUUAGCCGAGGAUAAUUCUAUGAGAAUAAAAAAAGAGCAGUGCGUGAAUAAAAGAAUGAAAGAGGAUGAGAGAUACCUAAAGCGUCAUUCUUCUAUAUUUAAUUGAUAUAGUAUUUUAAUAAUUAUAAUGUAUGUGAGUGAAAGUAAGAAGAAAAAGUGUAUAUGAUAUAAAAUGCCAUGAGUGUAUGCGUAUCGAUAUUAUCAGAUAAAUACACACGUACGUACAAUAUUACGUGCGUAUUGUUACAUUCGAUAUGUGUUGCAAGAUGCAAGUAUAUAUAAAUAUAGAUACAUAUACCCUUUAUAUACGUAUAUUUCUCGUGAAAAUCGAAAAAAAUUCUAUUCUUAUCGCAGAUUUGUCCGUAAUAUUGUUUCGCCGAUAGGAUUAUAAGAAGCAACAGAGUAUAUUGUGAGUAUUCUACACAUUGCGACCGAAUGUAGAACAAAGAAGAAUCGAUGCAUCAAGAUCGAGUGCCAUAGAGCGCUUUGAAUAUUGAUCUUUCUCCUCGUUUCGCGGAAUAAUUUCUAUUAGUAAGAUCACUUUUUAUAGCAAUGCGCAAAUAAUUUCGAGAUAAUUAUAAUUUUAUCACGAAAAUAAUUGUUCGUGUCCUUUGUUAACUAUUCACUGUUUCAUAUUAUUAAUCCAUUAUCAUUUUUAUAAUUAUAUCUUCAUUCGAUUGAUAAGCAUUUACAUGUAUAUCAUUUAUAAAUGCUCUUAUUUUUAAGCCUAUUGUACACGAUAAAGCUAUUAAAACAUAUGUAUUGUCUGCGCGUGGUUACGUUGAAACAUUAGACAUGUUUUAAAUUACUUAUUUUGAUGCUCUUAUAAGAUUCAUCAAGUUUUAUAUGACUUAUAUUAUUAAUGAAGAAAUAAUUGUAGAAACCUAUUAUAUUUUGAUACUUGUCAUAAUAGUAAAAAAACGAGAAUACUUUAAUGUCCUCAAAUUCUGAGAAAUUCAAAAUUAUGGCAAUAAAAUCUGUAAAUAUAUAAUUAUUAUACAUAUAUAUUCAACAAAUUUGCAUUAGUUUAUCUGUUUUUCUCAUAAGAAACAGUAAUAAUAACAAUAAUAAUUCAGUGAUAUGUUUUUGUACAUAAAGUAUCACAAAUUGAUCCUUGCAUAUUUUAUGUAUAAAAGUUUGAAAAUGUCAUAAUUUUAUCAUGUGUUAAGAAGUAUCAAAAAUAGCACGGAUAACAUUUGCUUUUUGUAAUCACUUGUUAAAAAAGAAUCUCAACGUACCGCGCAUUUUUAAUACAUAUCGAGAGAUCCAACGCGUAUAUGAUAAGGAAUAUAACUUAGAUGGAUGUAUGUGAUCUCAAGAGAAUUGAGGAGCAGAUUUUAAAUGUUCUUCUUUCGUAAAUGUUUAUGAAGCUACUUAGGCGCUUGCCAUUGAACAACGAUUAGGACAAAAAUGGAUAGAACAAUAUAACAAACUUGUAAUUUAGUAAUUUCUAGAGAGAGAAAAAGAGAUUUUAUUAUUAAAAUUUAACUUUCAUGCAUUGUGUCACUUUUUUCAUUAAGGCAAUAUUUGAAAGCAAGCGUUGCGACAAAAUGUUAUUUAAAUAAAAAAAAUUUGUAUGAUAAAGAUAAUAUAAAAUUAAUGUGUAUAAUGUAAUAGGCUAAUCCGUCAUACAACAACUUACGAUAAAUAUUGCUCGACUCUUCUCUAUUAUUUUAUGAAAUUAGCUCAUUACGCAUAAACAGUGAAGCAUAAACGUUUUAUAACUUUUUUCUUCAUAAAAAUAUUUUUUUAUUUAUUUACCUUAUUAAAAAAUCCUCUCAAAAAAACUUGCCCACAUGUUAAUCAAAUUUGUAAUAAUUGUCACUUUGCAACAAAUAACUUUGUAAAAAAGAAUCGCGUUACUCUUCAAGUUUCAUAUGCCUAUAUAUCGUCAUUUAUAUUAUUUGUACAGACACAAACAAUAGGUAGUAAAAUAUGAAGAAUUCGCUGUUGAUAAAUGUUUACUUAAACACUGCCUUUAAGUGAUAGAAAGAAGAUCAUGGAUUCUUUGACGCGCGAUUUUAAUAAUUAAAUCUUAAUCAGGUACUAUUCUGCACUUUAAUAAAAACUUAUUGUAAAAAGACGUAAAUAAUUAUAGAGAUACGAAAAUAUAUAUAUAUAUACACACGCAAAAAUAUAAUGCGCGCGUGUAUACACAGGCUUGUACAUUAUCUAGAAAAAUAAGAACUAUUACGAAGAAACCAUUUAAUAUGUGAUAAUCGACGGCAACGCAUAUGAGCGCACCAUUAUCAUUUAUCUUCGAUCCACCCUUAGCACGAAAACGUUAUGUGUAAUUUCUUUUUUGUAGCAAUAAAGUGAAAUUCGAAUAUA